GCGUGCCCUUAUCCACGCAGUGGGGCCCUCAAGGCUACUUCUACCCCAUCCAGAUCGCCCAGUACGGCCUGAGCCACUACAGCAAGAACCUGACCGAGAAGCCCCCGCACGUCGAGGUGUACGAAACGGCCGAGGAGAAGGAGAAACCCGGCAGGACCGGGGACUGGACGGUGCCAAAGGGCUGCUCCCUGGCCACGGUGCCCGACAAGGCCAGGUUCACCAGCGUCAAGCACUUCGUCGCUCCAGAAAACACCGAGGGAGUUUCUCUGCAGCUUGGGAACACCCGGGACUUUAUUAUUUCUUUUGAUCUGAAGUUCAUAACGAACGGCAGCGUUUCCGUGGUGCUGGAAACGACGGAGAAGAACCAGCUCUUCACCGUGCACUACGUCUCCAACACCCAACUCAUCGCUUUCAAGGAGCGGGACAUCUACUACGGCAUCGGCCCCAGGACGUCCUGGAGCACCCUCACCAGGGACCUGGUCACCGACCUGCGCAAAGGCGUGGGCCUCUCCAACACGAAGGCCGUCAAGCAGACCAAAAUCAUGCCCAAAAGGGUGGUGAGGCUGGUGGCCAAGGGCAGAGGCUUCCUCGACAACGUCACCAUCUCGGCCACCGCGCACAUGGCGGCUUUCUUCGCCGCCAGCGACUGGCUGUUGAUGAACCAGGACGAGAGGUGCGGCUGGCCCAUCAUGGUGACGAGGAAACUGGGGGAAGGCUUCAAAUCCUUGGACCCGGGUUGGUACUCGGCCAUGGCGCAAGGCCAGGCCAUCUCCACGCUGGUGCGGGCCUACCUGCUGACCAAGGACCACGCGUUCCUCAGCUCGGCCCUGCGGGCCACGGCGCCCUACAAGCUGCCGUCGGAGCAGCGCGGGGUGAAAGCCGUCUUCAUAUGGUACGAGGAGUACCCCACCUCGCCCAGCUCCUUCGUGCUCAACGGCUUCAUGUACUCCUUGAUCGGCCUCUACGACCUGAAGGAAACGGCCGGGGAGAAGCUGGGGAAGGAGGCGCGGGUCCUGUACGAGCGGGGCAUGGAGUCCCUGAAGGCCAUGCUUCCCCUGUACGACACCGGCUCGGGGACCAUCUACGACCUGCGGCACUUCAUGCUGGGCACCGCUCCCAACCUGGCCCGCUGGGACUACCACACCACCCACAUCAACCAGCUGCAGCUGCUCAGCACCAUCGACGAGGCCCCCAUCUUCAAGGAGUUCGUCAAGAGGUGGAAGAGUUACCUGCGCGGCGGGCGGGCGAAGCACAACUGA